AUGUAUUUGGACCCUGGUCUGUCACAAGCAGCCGCACCAGAGGAGGACAGGCGGUGGGCCAUCAUGUUCUGCUGUAUGAGUUCGAGAGCUGUGCACGUCGAGGUCGUUGAGUCUAUGGACGCGUCAAGUUGCAUAAAUGCUCUCAGGCGCUUCUUUGCACUCAGAGGCCCUGCGAAACAGCUCCAUUCCGAUUGCGGUACCAAUUUCAUCAGAGCGUGCAAGGAGCUUGGAAUGGACAAAAUAGUGCAGAAGUACCUCAGUGAGCAAGGAUGCAGCUGGGAAUUCAACCCACCAUACAGUUCUCACAUGGGAGGCUCGUGGGAGCGCCUGAUCGGCAUUGCCAGGAGAAUCCUAGAUUCAAUGUUUCUACAGCUGAAAACUCGCUUAACCCACGAAGUUCUUUGCACACUAAUGGCAGAAGUUACUGCUAUCAUUAAUGCACGACCACUCCUACCUGUGUCUGCAGACCCGGAACAACCAUUCAUACUUUCACCGUCAGUGCUCCUUACACAGAAGACAGGAGUUCCGCCUCCUCCUGGAGACUUCUCGGACAAGGACCUGUACACAAAGCAAUGGAGACAGGUUCAAGCUCUUGCAAACCAGUUCUGGACCCGCUGGAGCUGCGAAUACUUACCUUGCUUGCAACACAGACAGAAGUGGACAGUACCUCGCAGAAACCUUCAAGUGGGGGAUCUAGUUCUGCUCAGGGACAAGCAGAUAGCCCGCAACUGUUGGCCCAUGGCCAGAAUCUCUGCCGUAUUCCCUGGAAAGGAUGGCCAUGUAAGAAAGGUUGAACAGCUGACCAAGGCAAUAUAAAAACCUUUCUAAGGCCAAUUGCAGAAGUUGUUCUACUUCUACCCAAAGACUGAUCUAGAGACUAAGGUUUAGCAUGCUCACAAGUUCACAGUGACCUCCCGUAGGUCAGGCGGGGAGUGUAUUGCCCUUUAAGCUGAAUUUAACUGCAGUAAUUGGUGUGUCCACUAGGAGGUAUAGGCAGUGUCUGAAAUUGUAUACUGUAUUGCCCUUUAAGGAAUUUAACUUUCAAAUAUCUGCUUUAAAUAUUUUUUGGUAAAUAUUCUCAAGUAAAAAUGUGAAGUUCAUAAUUACUUUUCCUUUAUCUACCUCGUUUGUAAAAAUUUAUAUUAUUUAUUUCAUGUGAUGAGGUCACUUCCUGUUAGUGCUCCAGGUUCUGCAUGAAAACAAUGAGACAGACAUAGUGUGCUCUCUCUGAUAAUCCAUUGCAUCCACUAAAAAGCAUCGUAGAUGCAAUGCCACUGUAUCUGAUGAUAUUUACUGUAAUAUAACCCACAUUAACACAGCCAGAGCAGAACGGAUCCAGAUCAGCGUUGGAGAGACAGCUGAAUAUGCCAACAUUAUAACUAAUCCAAAGUAAAUAUAUGUACAUUUAUAUAUGUAUUUUUUUUUGUACAUUAAAAAGCAAAUUCAGCAGAUUUAUCCAGAGUAUUGUGUUACAUUUACUUUGUUAGUUAAGGGUAUUGUUCUGCAUUCACUUUGUUAAUGAAUAAAAAAUUGGAUAAAACUGGAUGGAUAAUCUUGCUAAUUAUAUUUUGAGUGUACAUGUCAUUUUUUUUCAUAUGCACACCAUUCUUAUACUAGGCUAAGCAAUUAAUGUUUUAGAAGUUUUUUACCAUCAUACUAUUUUGUGUAAAAACACUACUAUAUGCUGUA